UAUCCAUCCUGGCUGCUGGGCGACGAGGAGCGAAUGGCGCGCCCACAACGUCGCCCUGCCGUCCCACCUCACGUCGGACGGUCACAGCAUGAACCAGGAUCUGUGGGUCUCUGGGCAGGCAUGAGGUGACCAACCCCUUCUAGUGCUGCACGCUUUGUGAAGCCGCCCCGAGCAUCGACGUCGGAUUCGCCGUCGCCGUCGCUGGAACCGCCGGGCGUCAAGCCGCAGGUGGUCGCCAUGUCCUCUGAGCACUAUCCCGCGCCGCCUCCUCUGCGACGAGCUGCAGUGCGACCGCCGCCCCUCAUCACAACGGUUUUUGCACCGCAACAAGCAACGCCGUACCUGCAUGGCCAGCUACAAACAACGGCGAGUGCGACGACUCUGAGCGUGCCCUACUCGCCCUUUGCCCCCAACUCGCCCUCGACGUAUGCCCCGUCGCCCGUGCCGGCCUCUCCUAUGGCAAUGAGGAACGCGCCGUCAGUGCCUUACAACCCGCAGCAAUGGAGUCGCAAUGGCCUGGCGAGCGGACAGCAUGUCCCUCACGCGGCCACGCAGACGCCCAUCGCGCCUGCCCGCCCCCAUAAUCUCACGGGAAUGGAAGCCGCGAUGCCCUCACCCCCUCCUCCGUACUCGCCUGCCCAAAGCCAGACGCCGUCGCAGAGCGUCAAUUCAUCGCCGCAUCUGGCGAACAGAGCAUUUCCUCAGACCCAUCCCCAUGCCCUCUCUCACGUCCAUCCACCGCCACCGCCGCCAUCGUCGGGUACACCGCCCUCCGCGCGAGCACGAGCACGACCAGUAUCAGCAUAUCCUAGUCGUCCGGCGUCGAUGAUAAUGCCGUCGAGUGCAACCAGCAUGAUCUCGAAUCAGCAGUUCCCCCCUCCCCCUCCAAGGAAUGGGAAGGAACGAUCAGUGUCUCGGGACAAGCUGUCUUCCAAGUUCAGUCUGUCAUCUUUUAGAAACCGGAACAACGAUCUCAGUCCUGGACCGAGCGCCAUCGAGUCUUUGCAGAUUAACACAUCCGAUGCUCUUCAGCGACCACCAGCUUCUCCCGGGUUGCUUGCUGAUCGUGCUUCGUCGCACUAUACGCCGACCGCGUUUCCAGAGCGUCGAUGGAGUCCAGAACACCAGUCACCCCUUGUUGCUCCUGCUUCUCGAAGAGCAGCCUCAGCUGGAAUACUGGGCCAUGGCACAGAAACGCGGACGCCAAUCGACGAAUCACCCAUGAUUCCUCAGGGAGGUUGGGGUCCCGGUAUGGCGUUACCACCUCCCCCGCCUGGCCCACCUCCACCUAGCUCGAGAUCGCAUAGUAUUGGGCCCGGCGUUGGGUCGAGCCGCAAUCUGAACCUUCUCUCUUCGCCUCCAACACGAAGACCCGGCCAAACCACACUAGGACCCAUCCCCCCAACACCUCAGGGCUGGCAGGAUGAGCCAUCGCGUACGCGAUCGAAGUCUCCAAUGCCUUUGCGUAUUGACACAAGUCCGGAAGCUUCUCGUUAUCGGAAGCCAUUCGCGCCAGGCAUAGAGAACGAAGAUGUUUCCAUCACGUCAGGACCUAGCUCAUCUUCGCAUUCGAGUGGCACCCUCUACCGUGCACCGCAGCGCGAGCAUAGCACUCGAAGCAUCCGUGAGCGUAGAAGUGAGAGUCGUGUUGCACGUGAACGCAUUGAACCUAGCAACAACCCAUGGGCCCAAGAUUUGGAGGUAGCAUCAACAAAGCCUGCUAAUCUGGAUUUGGGUACGUCAGAAGGUGGGUUGAAUCGUCGCGGUGCUGUCACCAAGAGCACCCCAAGAAGCGGCGGGGGUAUACGUUCACCGAGGAGCUCGCAUUUGCUUGACGAUCCAGGAUCCUCGAAUUCGACUCCGCGAAACCCCACAUAUCAAAGAAAUGUAUCGGGUGCAGCACCGACUCCACCAUUUUCGCCAGGUACGGCUCAUCAACACCAAAAGCCUUUGGUAUUGGUCUCGUCAAAGACUCUUCCUACUCCACCGCUGCGAUCGUAUGGUGACCCAAUUGAAGCAGUUCUGACGAUUCGUUCAGACGCGGCGAACCGAUCAACUUCGAAACCGCCGAAAUCGAGGGUCGAAGACGUUUCUGCAAGCACGCCGAAACCGCUAGGCCGUGACAGUCUUGCCCGAGCAUCCAUCAAGCGUCAUCAGCAAUUCAUAGAAAGGGAGAUGACGGCCGAAACUGAUCAAGAGAGGCUAGAGCUGUUUGCCGAAUUCAUCGUGAACGAGUCUAGGCUUCGCCGUGACCUGUACUCUGGUGCUUUUGACGCAAUGGCUGGAGACAUUAUGGAUUUGACAAGAGACUUGUGGCGCUCAUACAAUAAUACAGGGAGAAGAUCAGCGACACCAAGUGCCCAAGGAACUCCGUUAUUACUGAGUGGUAGAAGAUCGCAAGCAUCUCUUGCUGGCGAGUCUCCAGACACGAGGCUUACUGACUCGAUUCCUACGACGGCUGCCAGUCCUGCGUCCUCAAUGGGGAAUUUUACUCCGCGCACUGAGCCUGCGUCGCCCUCCAGCGCAGCUAGUCAAAAAGCGCGUGAGAUAUCCUGGGGCAACAAUUAUCACCCUUCGCUAUCGCCCAUUCCAAGCAUGAAUGUGAGCACGGUUGCUGAUGAGGAGGGCUCUAGAGGCCGAUCGGCAAGUCGGUGGUGGGAGAGCGAUGGCAGUUCUUCAGGGGUCGGCGGUGGUAGACGACUGGAGAGAAGCAAACGGGAAUCAAAGUACAUGGGUGUUCUUCCUAGGGAUAGUCGCGAGCAUCUACAAUGGGAUGACGAGGAUCAGGCCACGCCACGACUCGGAGCAAGCUCUAGGAACAUCCAAAACUACGGACCCAAUGAGUAUCCUCCGGAAAAGGUUGGGUUUCAUGAAGAGGAGUCGCAAGGGCAAUCUCAGCAGUCAUGUGGGCAUUAUUCGAUGUUCAGCUCAGCAACAUUGGAUUCACACAAGCUUGAUGUUUCAAGACUUGUCACUUUGCCGCCUGCGUAUCCGCGUCAUCAUCCUGCUGUCAACAACAGUCACCCUGAUUUAGCGACUAUUCGUAGUAGCCUGCGCACCCUGUCGGAUUUGCAAGAUGUCAAGACAACCAAGGCUGCAUUCAGAACAAAAUUCGACUUGCAAAGGGAACAAGAGAGUACUUCACUCAAGGAUAGAAGAGUAGAGUUGCACAAUAACAUUCAAGACAAUGUACGGAAUGGCGUCAUGAGCUUUGCGGACGCGGCCAAAGCGGAUGCGGAUUUCGAAGGUCGCGAGCAACGGCGCGCACAAGACAUGGUGCAGAACGUCUUCGACUCUUUCCAGAAAGACGUCGCCAACCCACUUCAUGCUAUGUUCUGCGAGCGCAUUACCAAGGUGACGGCAUCGAUAGAGCACCUCAGGGGACGAUUGUCUAGCGAGGCUCAAGAGCUCAACCCAAAUCAAACGCAAGAGGAGGGCGACGAGAAGCCGGAACUUUUGGAGAUGCUUACACUGUUGAAGUGGUUAUUCGAAAUGCGAGAGCAGCUCCACAAGGAGAUGUUUGAACUGGAGGACGAGCGGAACGAUUUGUACCGGGACGUUAUCGUUUUGCCUUAUAUUCAAGCGAAGAACGAUCAGAAGGUGAAGGAAGCCAUGGAUUUCUUCCGCCGUGACGCGCAAGAUCGCAAGGUGUUGUUUGAGAAAGAGAUACUGAAGCGGUGCGAGAGGUUCUUGGAUGUCAUCGAGCAGAACGUAACUAGAGGUGUCGAGACACAGCUAUCGGCGUUCUGGGACAUUGCACCUGGACUGCUCGCGGUCGUGCAAAAGGUACCCCAGCGACUAGACGGCUGCGACGUCCUGAUUCCUCCGCAGGAGUAUGAUGAGACGCCAGCAUAUCGCGAGUUUCCGUUACAGUACCUUUACACCCUUUUGGCGCAUGCAGGUCGUUCCGCAUAUCAGUUCAUCGAAUCGCAAACCAACCUGCUCUGCUUGUUGCAUGAGGUCAAAACAGGCGUCAUGGUCGCGGGUUCGCGACUUCUUGAGACACAGAGGCUGCUGGAAGGGGAAGAUCUGGCUGGCGUGGACCAGGAGAUGAAGGCUAUCAGGGCGGAUGAGGAGCAGCGGUUGACGGAUGAUUUGAAAGAAAAGGUCGGUCUUGUGGAGAGCCAAUGGGGUGAGGCUCUUGGUCAAGGGCUGGAAGAUUGCAAGACGAUGGUGGAGAGUUACCUCACGGGACAAGGCGGAUGGGACGAUAGUUUGAGGGAGUAGGCGUGGGACAGUUGGGCAGGCUUUUUGGAUGAUUUCGCGCUUUUGGAUGAAUACCCGUCUCUGCUGGUAUUUGGUGAGAUUAAAAUGCUUGGUCAGAUCAAAUGAACUUGGGUAGACGCAGCUUGGUCGGAACGAAUGCUGCUGUCGAG